AUGUUAGUUGCUGCGCACCUGUGCUUUAUUCGUGAUACACUGGGAGGCCUGCGAUUGUUUAAAUAUUUAACUGUUCUGUUGAUAGUGACUGAUACGCGUUGCGCUAUUUUAAAUGAACAUGUGAAGUUUUACCACUCGGAGAUGGCCUCAAGAAUUGCUGGUCCGAUCCCCACUCACGAAAUAUAUGAACUACCUCUGGUGGGAUGCUGGACUGCGUUAGCGAAAAGUCGUUUUGGUGGAUCAUUAGGAAACCUGAAUGUUCCUCGAUGCCAAGCAAAUGUCUCCCCAGCCAAUGGGCACUGCAUGGAUUCCGCCUGUGGUUACACCGGUAAAAAUUACAUUCGAGAGAACAUAAAGCGCAUAAAGCAAUAUCAAAAAGCCUCUCUUAUGCGAAAGACAUCUCUUGGCAACAUCUUCUCACCUACUGUCAAAUUAGUCCACGAACGCGGGAUGAAUCGUUUGCCUUCGCGACCAUCCACAGCAGUUUCCCGACCCAAGUGCUGUUCCAAAGAAAAUCAGAUAUCAACACAGGUGAAUGAUUUUCUUUUACUCCCAUAA